UCUCGUUUUGUCGCUGGAUUUUUACCUGCCUCCAACUGUCGAAUGUUGAAUGUUGAAGAGUUUAUUAGAAGUAUCAUCGGCGCAAUAGAUCGAUAAAGGGAUUCAGUGCUCCGACGAGGUAUAUUUUGGCCCUCGGGGGACACCCGCGAUGGCUACGCUAGGAGACGCGAUGGGGAAGGCCGCAAAAGAGGUGGAAGCGGGAAAAACAUUCGCCGAUGAAACCGACGAGUAUAUCGCCAACCUACCCAGAUCUUUACUCCUCGAAGAAAAAAAAUAUCUUCUAGCGGUCGAACGGGGUGACCUCCCGAACGUACGCAGGAUACUUCAAGCCGCCAACAAUCCCUCUCGUUCACGGCAAACGAAACCUCUGGACGUUAACUGCGUGGACAGCUUGGGCCGUGGUGCUCUAGCUUUAUCAAUUGAAGCAGAAAACCUUCAGAUGGUCGAGUUACUGGUUGUGAUGGGGGUAGAAACUAGAGAUGCACUUCUUCACGCUAUCGAUCACGAGUUCGUUGAGGCUGUGGAACUCCUAUUGGAGCACGAAGAGUUACUACGUGGAGAAGAGGCAGCCGCAGCUCUCUCCUCUUCGGGUUUAUCGCCGUCACCAGCUUUAAUGACAGGAAAAAAAUCAGGCGCCGCCGAAGAAGCUGGCGAUGACAAGGGCGAAGUUAUUCACAGCUGGCAGAAGGUCGAUCCUGUAAUUGCCAAACAUCCACCCGGAACAACUCCACUCGUUCUUGCAGCGCAGAGAGACAACUACGAAAUUUUAAAGCUUCUCUUGGACAGAGGUGCAACUCUUCCUAUGCCGCAUGACAUCAGAUGCGGUUGCCCUGAUUGUAUAAGAGCCGCAACUGGCGACCCCUUAAGAUUAUCGGCGACUCGAAUAGCCGAAUAUCGAGCACUUGCAAGCCCUUGUCUUAUCGCUCUGAGUUCCGCUGACCCUUUAAUGACGGCUUUCCAACUGAGCUGGGAACUCCAAGAACUUGCUAUCGCAGAACCCGAGGUUCAAACCGAAUACACAAAGCUGAGGAAACAGGUCGAACGCUUCGCUGUGGAGCUCCUGGAGCAGACGAGAAGUUCAGCGGAGUUAUCUACCAUUUUAAAUCACGACCCGGACGAGGAUCCUAGCACGGGUCCUACGACGACAAAAACUCUUCCGCGUCUCGAGACAGCAAUUCGAUAUAAACAAAAACGUUUCGUUGCACAUCCCCACGUGCAGCAGCUCCUCGCCUCUAUUUGGUACGAGGGUGUACCGGGAUUCAGGCGAAUGACGACCGCAAAACGAAUCUGGAUCAUCGUUAGAACUGCUCUUAUUUUCCCGAUACAUUGUCUCGUCUAUUUAUUUGCCCCAGAAUCCGCCGUUGGAAAGCAAAUGAAACAUCCAUUUGUUAAAUUUCUCGUUCACGCGGCAUCCUACCUAUUUUUCCUCGGAGUUCUUAUCCUGGUUUCGCAACGGGCGGAAGUACAGGCGGUCAGAUUACUCGGUGGCGAAGAAGCCCGGCGUGACCUGGAGGAGUCUCUUUUGCGGCAGCGAGGGGUCGGUCCAACGCCCUUGGAGUGUAUCGUCUUAGUUUACGUCUUAGGAUUUGUUUUACAAGAAACAAGAGAAGUGUGGAUCGACGGACUUCGAAACUACUUAAGAGAUCUUUGGAAUUUCAUCGAUUUUACGCGGAACUCUCUGUAUGUGGCUACUGCGAUCCUUAGGGUUGCUGCAUAUGUCCAGCAAACUGCUGAGGUUCGCGCAAAUCCCGCUACUGCGACUAUUCCGCGUGAAAAUUGGCCGGAUUAUGACCCUCAGCUUAUUGCCGACGGUCUUUUCUCCGCGGCGAACGUUUUCAGCGCUCUAAAACUUGUUCAUCUCUUCAGCAUCGACCCACAUCUCGGACCCCUUCAGAUUUCACUCGGUAAAAUGGUGAUCGACAUCGUCAAAUUUUUCUUCAUCUAUACCCUGGUGCUUUUCGCAUUCGCCUGCGGGUUAAAUCAGCUACUUUGGUACUUCGCUGAACUCGAAAGACGCAAGUGUUUUGGUCCUGCGGAUCUCGCGCCGGACUGGGAAGUAGAAAGUGACGCUUGUUUUCGGUGGAGAAGAUUUAGCACUCUCUUUGAGUCUUGCCAGAGCCUUUUUUGGGCCAGUUUCGGGGGCGUGGGUAUCGACACUUUCGAACUGACCGGUAUAAAGUCUUAUACGCGUUUUUGGGGUCUCUUAAUGUUCGGCUCGUAUUCCGUGAUAAAUGUGAUCGUCUUGUUGAACCUGCUGAUCGCCAUGAUGAGCAACAGUUACACACUAAUUGUGGAACACUCCGACACCGAGUGGAAAUUCGCAAGGACGAAGUUAUGGAUGAGUUAUUUUGAGGAAGGGGGCACGUUACCACCACCUUUCAAUCUCAUUCCCGCCCCAAAAAUAUUCCUCAGAUUAUGCGGUCUUCGUAAAAAGGAUCCGAGCCAACGGUCCAGCGUGAAAAGACGCGUUCAGGAGCACAGAUACGGAAGCGUAAUGACGGCCCUUGUCUGGCGUUACGUUGUGGCAGAUCACUGCCAACAGGUAAACGAACCAGUGACCGAAGAAGACGUUCACGAGUUGAAAUCUGACCUUUCAUCUUGGCGGUGCGAACUCCUUGAUAUCCUGGGAAGGAAUGGCAUGGACAUAUCCGGGGUAGAUACAAAGGAUAGAACUACUCCGGGACGAAGAAUGAGAAUUUGGGAGAGACAGUUGAUGAGGGAUUUCCAGGUGUUGGGACCGAUGGCUGGUCUGGCGGAGGAAGAAGCUCGCGAAGAACUGGCUCUUCAACAGCCACCUGAAGGAGAGGACAGCGCGGCGAGAUGGCGACGCGUUGCUCGCCUUGCGGUUUUGCAAUCUGCCGGGCAUCGCUGGGGCCAAGUCGUUGGUCGCGCGGUUCAGAGUUCGCAGAUCGGCAGAAGCAACAGUCAGGCGUCUUUUCAGAGUCAGAAAAGCCUGAAACGAGCCAUGCAAGAUGCCCGAAGACUCGCUGCUAAAAGCCCAUUACCCCCGGUCAGUCCGGUUCAUCUUCCAGAGACUACAGCAUUCAGCAUCCUCCACGUUUUAAAAGAUAUCGACGAACGAGAUGACAAAGAUGCGUAUACGCUGACGCCAGAACCAAAUCCAAAACCACCAGCAGCAGUUGGCUACGUCGAUGAGAAGCGGGAAAAGCAAUUAACGAAAGCGAAAAGGAGCCCUGCUCGUGUAGCGCCAAGUAAGUCUUCACCACUGCGAACUGUUGAUAAAAAAAAAACAAAUUCGACAGCUAUUUUACGGCAACAAACAUCAUCGUCUUCUUCGGAUAGCAAUCCGAGAAGGAUACCGGAAGUAUCCGUGACACCAGUUACUCCUGAUUUGGGACGAGAAGCUGAAGAUGAUAAACGGCGAUUGGUAAUGAAACCACCACCAAGAUCACCGCGAUUUCCGGCUUCCCGAUCUCCCAGAAGGGGUGGAGGGUGGUUGUAAAAAUUAAUGGUAACGAUCAAGUAAAUUAUCGAUUCCUUGCAGACCAAAAUUUGGAACGUCACACAAGCCCUGACUUCAUUCAGACGGUGCUAAUGAGAAACCAAAAUUCUACGCCAGUUCAGAGGAAAAUAGGUCGAAAACAAUAGCCAGAUUGUUUUUAAUACCAUAAUCUCUCCUUUAUUAUUUUGUUAUACUUCUCGUACAUUGCUGAUCGUCAGUAAUGCAUGUCAUAAUAUGUUGGUAGGUUUCUACGUAGGUUUCAUUGACAAUUAACGGAUCCGACAUGUAUAAAUCAAGAGUUCCAAAGAAAAAGGUUUUGUUUUCAGUGUUGUAUAAUGUAUGUAUAUAUAUGCCUAUGUAUAUCAAUAUUACAAUUAUUACAAACGCUACAAA